AUGCCCGAUUUGAACGAGCUCCUCCGGUGGUCCAUCGCCAACACCCCCGCCCCUGCCCAACCCGCUCCCUCUGCUGAACCCACCGAACCCCUCAGUCUCCGCUUCCACCCCGCCUCGGAAUCGCAUCAAGGCACUUCGGCCCUUCACCCCUCAGAUCCACUCUACCGUGCCAGCCACCUCAGCCUCGACGAUGCUUCGCCCGCAUCAACACCUGGGCCUCUUACGCCCGAAUCGGGUGCUCCUGGACGGCCGCAGCAGGAGUUGAGCUCGGAUAUGCUAGAUGCCAUCAUGGGCAAGAGCGACGCGACGAUGAUGAAGGAGAAGAUGGCGUAUGCGAUGGAUGAUAAGAUGCCGGUGGAUAAGCGGAUAGAGGCGCUGGACGAUUUCGAGAUGAUGAUCGAGCUCAUAGAUAAUGCCAACAACAUGACGGUUCUGAAGAUGUGGGAGCCAAUAUUAGAGCUGCUACAGUCACCACAGGACGGGAUCGUAGCACACGCGUGCUGGAUUAUUGGCACGGCAGUGCAAAACAACCUGAAGGCUCAGGCAGCUAUGAUUGUCAACAACGCCCUCCCACCCAUCCUCGAAAUUAUAAAACCCUCCUCCUCUUCCCGCCAACAUCCCACAUCCACCCGCGCCCGCGCGACCUACGCCCUCUCCUCCUCCCUCAAACACUGGCCUCUGGCCGCCCACGCCCUCUCGUCCUCCUCCGACCAGGGCUAUCGCGUCCUUGCCGCUAGCGCCGCGGACUCUGCAUCCCCCAUCCGCCGAAAGACCGCUUUCCUGAUCAACACCCUCGUCCUUCAGUCUGGCGAGAAGUAUGAGGGCGAGAUACCCAAAGAAGUCCAGGCGAUGCUCGAGGAGAGGAUGAAGCAGACUGCAGCGGGUGCUGAGUCGGAGGUAUUGCUGGAUGGAUUGAAGCGGACGGGGGUGUUUAGAGCGUUGAUUGAUGGAUUGAAGGCGAGGGAGGCGGAUGAGGAUGUGGAGUAUGAGGAGAAUGCGAUCAGGGCAUUGGGUCAGGCGGCGGCCAAGGGUGGGUUGGAGAAGGCAGAGAAGGACGAGUUGAAGGCGAUCUGGAACAAGUGGAGUGCGGCUGGACAAGAGGAGAGGGGGCUGAGCGGGGAGGAUGGGAAGGAGAUUGAGCGUGCAUUUGCAUAG